AUGCCCGAGCCAGAAACCGUUGCCGCCCAGGGCGGCGGCAGUAACUCAAGCGACUUUGUUCGCAAACUCUACAAGUUCGGGAUGCUGGAAGACCCGGCCUACUCGAACAUUGUUAGAUGGGGAAACGAGGGCGACACAUUCGUCAUUUUGGAGACCGACAAGUUCACCAACGACAUCCUGCCGAAACAUUUCAAGCACAGCAACUUCUCUAGCUUCGUCCGACAGCUGAACAAGUACGACUUCCAUAAGCUGCGGCGCAACGACGAGAACAACGAGUCGCCGUACGGCAAGCAGGCUUGGGAGUUCAAGCACUCUGCCUUCCGGGCUGACAGGAAAGAUAACUUGGACAAUAUCAGACGAAAGGCUCCCGCCCAGCGAAAGACACAGCAGACGGAGGAUCAGUUCACCACUAACCAAUCCAUCAACCUGCUUCAAGAAACUCUCUUCGCCCAGCAGCAGCAGGUGCAGGCACUGCAAGAGCAGGUUGGCGAAAUGCAACGCGCCAAUAAGACGCUCGUUCAUGAGGUCCACGCCAUGCACAAGAUAAUUGAAGCACAGAGGUCGUCGCAGUAUGAGUUACUUAACUUCAUGUCGCACGUGGAGGACAGGUUCCGGGGCGGUCGGUACCCAGCCCAGCAAAUGAACGGCGGCGCCGUCGACGAUCAACCUGUCGAGUUGCGCAGAGCAAGAGAGCUCCUCGGUAGCGUUACGACCAACAGCAUGGUAGACCGAGAGCUCGAAAGGCUCAACGGCAUAUACGCGCAAAGCUCCCCGCCGGACUCGGCCUCCUCCCUCAUGUUCCAGCCCGGCACGGCAGGCAUGCCGCCCAUGAUGGCCGAACAUCUCAAUAUGCGCCACCUUGUCUAUCCAGUAGGCGAGAAUGUAGGCAUCGACCCGCUCUCCCAAGAUCACUUCAACAACAUCCCGUACACUUUGAACUCUUUACCAAUGAACGAGUUCCAGAACCCUGUCGUCAAGCCUGAGCCAGGCCCGGCCACGCCGGCUCCUGCCGCCGCCGCGCCACCUCGCCCGCCCUCAAAUGAUAAGGGACUAUGGGGGCAGAAGAAGCCAAGAGUGUACCUUGUCGAAGACGACCGUACCUGCUCGAGGAUCGGAUCCAAGUUCUUGACCCAGAUGGAGUGUACGGUUGAGAUCGCGGAAAACGGUAUCGACGCUGUGAACAGGUGUAAAGAAGUACCGUCUGGGCACUUCGACCUCAUCUUUAUGGACAUCAUCAUGCCCUCGAUGGACGGAGUGUCUGCAACGCAGCUUAUUCGUGAAGUCCACCCCGACGUCCCCGUUGUGGCGAUGACCUCCAACAUUCGCCCUGAAGACAUUAGUCACUACUUCAACUGGAGCCUGAACGACGUUCUGGCGAAGCCCUUCACGAAGGACGGUAUGUUGCGCAUCCUGCGAAAGCAUGUUGCGCAACUCCUCAAGAAUGCGCCGCCCGAUGACCUCGCAGUCGGUCACGGAGCCGCUCAGUUGCACGCCGCCAAUGCCAACAUGCCUACGAUGAACCCUAACGUGAAGUUCGACUCUACCCCGAGCCAGUCGCCCGCAACGACCACAUCUUGGCACUCGCCUGGGCAAAUACACCAACCGUCACCCAACGUCACAAACAUUGAAACCGGGUACCCGAUGGGCAACACAGCUCAGAUGGUUAUAACGCCAACAUCUGCCCAACGACCGAACUUCCAGAACAUGCCCCUAGGCAUGCAACAGAUGCGCGUCCCAGACCAUAUGGCUGGUGGUGAUGACCGGCCGGAAAAGCGACAGAGGGUGUACGGUCCUCAAGGCGGUUACGUCUAG